GGUCUGACAUACGUUACGUCCCCGUCAGUCGUGUUUUUAGUCGUGCCUGGUCGUGCGCACGGCGUAGGAUUGCAGCUAGAGAGCGAGGAAUUUCCAGCUGUUGAGCACCAUGUUUUCUGCCCUGGGCAGCAUCUUCGGGAAGAGUAAGCCACAGGGGGACCAGGUGGCCGUGCGGGAGUCCCAAGUGGGCGACUUCGUGGUGUACGGCAACGUGGCCGAGGAAAGCAGGGCCCCGGACUACAGCCGCCUUCCUUACCCCGGUGGCCCGCUGUACCCUCCGCUGGCACAACUGGAACACAUGCAGGGCACAGCGGCAAGUUCGAGUGGUGAUAAGGGCAGCACGGCAGCCCACGGCGGAUGCCUGGAUGGCGUGCCUUUCGUGCUAGGAGCCGCUGCUUCUGGCGCCUACCAGGGAUCAAGGGACGUAGAAAUGACACUGCGCCGUGUGCGCACUCUUGCAACAUCCUUGCUUCAGUUGCAGUAUGACUACAGCCUUGAGAGACGAGUCUUGCAAGAAGCCGGGGCAUGCUGAUGUUGCCAUGAGCGGAAAUGUCCCCAAUUACACUUUGCCAAAGGAUGCGAGCUGUUAUGUUUUUGUUUAUGUUUGCUGUUUUUUGGGGGCUGCCAGGGCUCUCGCUGCAUGAUUGAAGAUUUACUGUGGAGAGGCUAGGACAUCCCCUAGCUCGAAUGCUGCAUUGGAGUUGCGGGCACCGUCUUCUGGGGAUUUAAUAAAGACGCCUACACUAAAUA